ACAGGCCUGUGAUUUGACGCGGACACCAACAUAACUAGCCAAGAAAUGGGAACUACCAUCAAUAACACAGUUUUAUUAAAACUUAUGGACAAAAAUUUCCGAGCGAAAUUUUAACAGAACGUGAUAUAUAAGUCCAGUCUGAUGAUGUCCCGCACCACUCCUCUUGGAGUCUAUCAGAGCUAAAGCAGUCGAGUGGCGGGACUCACUACGCGGAAGCUCACCGAAGAUCUGGAACCUCUACAAUCAAGAAGCGAGCUCAAAGAAACCACUGGUUUAUACUAGCUCGUAAUCAGGUUAUUGGAUAUUGGAUGCCCUUCACAUAAAAGACUACGGAGGCAAGUGCAAUCUAAAACGUUGUCCACAAUGAUCGGUUAGAACUGCUUCAAGUCACGAUUUCGGUGUUAUAGACGUAGAAUUUUAAGGGAUUCAAACCCAGUGCUUCUGUUAGAGUGUUGCCCUACCACUUAAUUUCCCAACACAAUUUAUAUGUAGUGUCUCAGCCUAACAAACUCAAUUCUGUAUUAGUGGAUUACUAUGGAUUAUAAUGAAGAUGACUUUCCUAUAAAAGAAAUAAUACAGAUGGAUGCUCGGGAGACAUCUUGCGUAGGAGAAGAUGAAGAUGAACAAAUAACUUGUGCUGAGUAUCUUCGACAAUAUGAUAUUGCUCAGCUUGCUCAAAUGAUGGCACAUAGUGCUGAAGAAUUUGUGCGUCAUGUCUGGCUCAGAGGUUGGCAAGUAGUUAAUCAUCGUAGUCUUCCUGCAUGGUUACGAGACAAUGAUUUCAUUCUUCAUUAUCAUCGUCCUCAGCUGAAUACAUUUUGGGCUUGUUUCAAGUCUAUUUUCAGAGUUCAUACAGAAACUGGAAAUAUCUGGACUCAUUUAUUAGGAUGUGGCAGUUUUUUCGCAAUUGCAAUCUUCAGCUUAGUUCAAUCAGAGGUUUUUAUACAGUGGCAAGAAAAACUUGUAUUUUCUGCAUUCUUUUUUGGUGCAGUUGUCUGCCUUGGAUUUUCAUGUUUAUUCCACACUCUGUCUUGUCAUUCAAAAACUAUUGGAAGACUUUUCAACAGAUUGGACUAUACUGGUAUAGCGUUUCUAAAUAUAGGCUCGUUUAUACCUUACUUAUAUUAUUCCUUUUACUGCAUGCUAUGGGCUAGAUUGUUUUAUAUGGUUCUGGUUGUCGUUCUCGGCACAGCAUCAAUUAUCGUGUCAAUGCAUCCAUCUUUCACUACACCACGUUAUCGUCCACUUCGAGCUGGUGUUUUCAUGGGAUUGGGCCUUUCAGCUCUUAUUCCAUGCAUACAUACUAUAAUAUUAGAUGGAUUCCUUAAUUCCAUUUUUCAAGGCUCCUUAGGUUGGCUUGUUCUUAUGGCAAUUUUGUAUUUAAGUGGAGCAACGAUUUACGCUGUUCGUGUACCUGAAAGAAUAUUUCCUGGACGUUUUGAUAUUUGGUUUCAAAGUCAUCAAAUAUUUCAUGUUUUUGUUGUGGCUGCUGCCUUGGUUCAUUAUCAUGGUUUAGUUAAACUGGCUGAUUAUCGUUUAACUGUCGGUGAUUGUAAACCUGUUGGAUUAAGCUUCUACACCGAUGAAUUUAAACUUCUUGGAUUGAAUAUAUUCUCAGAAACUGUUUAAUGAGUAAUAUCAAUAAUUAUUGUUUAUUUUUUUUUUUUAAAAUGUAUCUUGACUUUUUUAGACGUGAAUAAUUUAUUUAUUUAUUUAUUCAUUAUUCUACGAUUCCAUUAAUUUUGCACAUAUAAAAGCCUAAAACUUAGUGAUUCAUUCAUAUAAUACAUUAAAAAAAAGAGCAAUAUUCAUUUCUCUAUGCUUUUAAUUAUCCUUAUUUUGUUUUUCUUAAAAUAGAUAAUCAUUAUUUGUGUAAUAAAUAUUUCAGUUUAUUUUCAACCUGUACAUCAGUUCUUGGCUUCUUUCACCUUCUAUCUUCUGUUAGAAGCUUGUGUGUGUCUAGUGUUUAUAGAUGUGUAUUCAUUUCACAUGCUUAAGUCAAUUCAAUUCACUAGUCUGUUUUAAUACACACUGAAAUUGAAAUAAAACUGGGCGAAAUUAUUAUUAUUAUUUCUAUUAUUACACUUGAUCCUUCAACUCCAUCCUUUUCAACUGACUCUAUGAUUGUCGUCAACCCAUAGUUAUUACUUCUUCACAUUAUCUUCUCCCAUGUCACUGUCGGAUCCACCACACUUCCUAUAUAUAUAUAUAUAUAUAUAUAUAUAUAUAUAUAUAUGUAUAUA